CACACACACACAGACACACUCAGGGCGGUGAAGCGGGUGGAAGUGCAUUGUUAUAACCUCCAUACACCACGGUAUCCUUAGCGCCCCUCCAAGCCUUGCUCCUAGACUCGGGUGUGUAGGAGGAAGAGGAGGAGGAGGGGCAAGGAGGAGUAUGGGUACCAUUCGCCCCAGUACCAAGUGACUGCAAACCAAGAGAGGCGUCCACGGUGCCACCAAGGAAGCCAAGGGUGCUGCCUGGAUGGGUUCAUCACUUUGGCUGGCAUGCCUGUCACCUCUCCAAGGUUGCCACGAAAAGUAAAACGUGUUUUACGGAUCAUCGUUACAUUCCAGCGCCUCUUAAUUGCCUACGAAAUGUUUACUUAACCUCUACACACCAAGAAAUGAGACUUCAGUUCAUAAUCGUGCAUGAGGAGAAUAAUAUUUUGAAAUCCGCGCCAUGACGUCACAGCAGAGUCAUCCUGCGCGCGCAGGCCAGUGUGUGCGGCGGUAUGUUUGUUUUGAGUGUCGUGUCAAUGGUAUGUGAAUUUCUGACGUUUUAUUACUUAUUUUCUCAACCAUGGUGCGCAGCAUGGUGGCGGGAGGUGUAAUGGUGCACGGCGCGAUGGUGAGACAUGGUGGUAAUGGUGCAGAGCGAUGAAAUGCUGAAAUUACUGGCGGUGGCAGGGAGGCGUAGGCGUGGCGGUAGUACGGUGUAGUGAUGAUGACUUCCUUGGCAAGUACGAACCACUCUUGCCCGGCUAUCAGCGACGCCGUCUGAGUGAUACGCAUGCACACACGCACGCACGCACGCACGCACGCACGCAAAGUGUUAGUUAUUACGUGUGGAAAGAGUAUUACGUGUUCUACUACUACUUCUACUACUACUAUUACUACUACUGCCGUGAAGAAAGCAGUUGGCCAAAAUAAUAAUGGCAGAAGUAAGAUUAAGAUUUGAAGAAGGGUCAUCUGUCAUAAAGUGUUACUGGAAGCACGAAAAUGUCAAAGAAGUGCAAAGACAAUUCAGAAGACACUUUGACAGGGAUCCACCAAGCGUGGCUUCCUUCAGUUUGAGUGAGGCACGCCUCUUCCUGCGGCACUUACAGAGAGCCUGACUGCUGAACGAGUGGCCAGUGGCGAUUUGCAUCAAUAACGACCACCACCACCAUCACCACCACCACCACCACCACCAGCAUGUCAGUAGUAGCAGGAGUAGUGAAUGGUCACUCGUAUGUGGUGACUACUUGGACUAUCAGGCCGCCCUUGUAGUGUGCUGGACUAUCGGUCAACAAUGAGCCGAGAAAGUUACGUGGUACAACUAUUUCGGCGAUAGUAGUGGCUGAGUUGCCGAUCCAAAGGCCUGGCUCAGGAGUGAUCCUGUGCCACCUGUACCAUCAAGAUCAAGAUCAAGAUCAAGAAUACAAUGGGUCAAGUUUUCAGUACAGUGUUGAAUGAGAGACUGUAAAUGGAUUGAGACAGCUGGAGUGCUGGGUGAAGAACAGAAUGGUUUUCGUGGAGAUAGGAGAGCUGAGGACAAUAUGUUUGUGGUGAAUGAAAUGAUUGAGAAGAAAAAGAAGGAUGGGGGUAAAUUGUACCUAGGUUUUUUGGAUAUAGAGAAAGCUUAUGAUAGAGUGAACAGAGAAAUGUUAGGUAGAGUCUUAGAAAAGAUUGGACUGAGUGCAAAGAUAGUUAACGUAGUGCAAAGUAUGUAUGUGGACACAAGAGCUAGAUACAGGCUAGGAGACAUAGAAACAGACUGGGUGAAGAGUGAGAGAGGAGUUAGGCAGGGCUGUAUAUUGUCACCAACCCUUUUUAGCCUGUAUACAGAGGAGCUAGCAGCCAGGAUGAGAAGAAUGAAUGUAGGGGUAAGUGUGGGGAAUGAUAAAGUAUGUGUGUUCCUUUAUGCAGAUGAUGUAGUUGUUAUGAGUGAAUCGGCAGAUGAGCUUCAAAGUUUGUUGAAUGUAGUGGAUGGCUAUGGUAAAGACUUUGGAGUAAGGUUUAGCAGUGAGAAAAGCAAAGUAAUGAUUGUGAAUAGAUCAGAGGAUGAAAGUAAUGUGGUAUGGAGACUUGGAGAGAAUGAGUUGAGACAGGUGCAAGAAUACAAGUACUUAGGGAUGUGGAUGAGUCCUAGUGGGUGUGCAAAGGCAAAGAAUGAAAAGAUAAGUAUGGUAAACCAGUGGGCAGGUUGACUGGGAAGCGCGGCAAGGAUGAGAGCAAGUAAGUAUGAUGUGUUGAGAGAAGUGUGGAAGAGUGUGGCUGUGCCAUGUAUAAUGUAUGGUAUGGAUGUGAUUGCAUGGAAUGAAAGUGAAAUUGAUAAGUUAGAAGUGGGCCAGAACAAAGUAGCAAGGAUGGCACUGAGUGCACCGAGGUGCACAGCAGUUGAAGCCUUGAGAGGUGACAUGGAAUGGAGCACCUUCAGAGAAAGACUGACAAAAGCCACACUUAGGUACAAGAUUAGGCUUGAGAGAAUGGAUGAUGCAAGAAUAGCAAGGAAGGUGUACCUGUGGAAUGAAAGUGGAAGCAAAUGGAGGAAGAGAUGCAUGAGAAUGACAGACAGGAAUGGAUUGCAAGUUGUGUGGGCGAUAAGAAUGGCUGGGAGGAAUCAAAAUGAGCGUGAAUGGGUGGUAACAAGAGGAGGAAGAGUGGGAGCCGAAUGGGAUGUGAGAAAAUGGAAGAAUGAGAUAGACAAAGAAGUGAAAUGUGUGGGACUGAAUGAAUGGAAGAAUGAGAUGGAAAGAAAGAAGACCCUGGAAUGGUACAAGGAGAAAGAGGCCCCGAGGUAUGAAAAGUGGUAUGAUGGAAGCCUGGGCGGUGAUCUUCUCUUCCGAGCGAGGGCACAGUGUAUGGAUGUGAAUGCAAGGAGUUACAGGUGGUCUGAGUCCCGCAGCAAAGUGUGCCAGAUGUGUGACAUGGGAGAGGAUGAGACGGUGGAACAUGUGGUGCUGGAGUGUGUGCAGUAUGCCAGAGACAGGAAUGAGAUGAUGCAAGUGAUACUGACUGAGUUAGGGCAUGAUAGGAAUGAAAGAGUGGAGAAGACAGGAAAGGAAUGGAUGGUGUUGUUGCUGGGACUGGGUAGAGAGGCCAAUGAAAGGAUGAUUGAGGCGGUGAAAGAGUUUCUGGAGAGAAUGUGGCGUGCCAGGUGUAUGAACAAUUAGGAUAGAGGAUGCUGUUCGUUUCUCUUUUUUUUUUCCCCCCUUUCUACAGGAGUUGCCGAUCCAAAGGCCUGGCUCAGGAGUGAUCCUGUGCCACCUGUACCAUCAAGAUCAAGAUCAAGAUCAGAGAGGCAUGUUUGAGCUAGUUCACUUAUCUGUGGUUCCUCUCUCCCUCUCUCUCUCUAAUUAGAGCGAAAAUGGCGGCGGAGGAGCUCAAGGAUGAAGCCAACAACUAUUUGAAAAAAUUAAGAAAAUUGAAGCCUUCUCUCAGACAUGAACAAAGAAGAGCAAUUCUUGACAAAGAGGCAAACAAACAAACAAGGACAGCGUUGAGUCUCGCAGGUCACGCCAGCCUCUCGGAAACUGUUGCUUGCUUCACCUGGCAAUUGUGAACCACCAAGCAAAAACCGAGCCACCCUAUUGAUCGACAGGGAUCACCAUCAGCCCUCCCAUUGGCCCAGAGCUUCGUGGAUUGUGAUUGGACGGCUGGCUGGCUGACUUGACUUGACCUGACCUCAACUGAGCCAACAUGAUUUACGUUUUCCUCGUUGACACUGGCACCAUGAUGACCUUUGACAUGAACCUGGCACUAGAGAGUGUUGAAGUGGUGAAGGGUGCAAUACACAAUGUUGUCAAGGUGCCCCCAGACAAGCAGGUGCUGCUGGCCUCUGGGGGUAAAACACUGGACUCCUGCAAGCGGGUGUGUCAUUACUCGGCCGGCACAGACUCGUCCCCCGUCUUUCUGUUCUCCAAGGUGGCCAUUGAGGGAGCAGCCCCCCAACCCCCUCUGUGCAGCCUGGCAGGGACGGCGACCUCAGGGCUGGGCAGUAGUGUUGGGCAACUUGGAAGACGUUGUGGCAGCCUUCAGAGCAAGACAUGAUGCAUUCCAGCAAAACUUUGUAAUCUCAGUGGCCGGGAGGAGAAGGUCACCCUGCUUUACUUUUUUGAAGAGGACCUGAAGCUACUGGCAAGGAUUCCAGUCUUCCCUGAACUCUUGGGGAAGACACAAGAGGAAGAGGAGGUAGCUGAGAAGAAGAGGAGGACAAGCACAGCACAGAAGAAAGAGGAGGAGGAAGAGAAGAAAGAGGAGGAGGAGGAGAAGGAAGAAGAGGAAGAGCAUGAGAAGGAGAAGAGGGCAGGAGGAGUUGGAAAAGGAGGAGGAGAAGGAGGAAAAAGAGAAAGUAAGUUGUUUUUGUUGUUGUUGCAAAUAAAAAUUGUUGACUCUCUCUCUCUCUCUCUCUCUCUCUCUCUCUCUCUCUCUCUCUCUCUCUGUCUGUCUGUCUGUCUGUCUGACUAGUGAGUUAAGUGUCACUGCUGGACUGGAUCAGUGCCAAGGACAGCCAAAGUGAUGUCAGACUUUGCCCAACUCUGCUGCAGAGGACUGGCCCAGGUGCGUGUGUGUGUGCGUGUGUGUGUGCACCAGAGUGUCAGGUAUUCACACCCAAUUCUUGCUGCAUAAUUGUGUUUCUGCAGGAUUGAAUCAAGUUUGUAAUCUUGCAUUGUUUAACAAGUUGAGUUCUCAAAUUUUUUUUUAAUCUGGCUCCCCCUCCCCCUGUGUUAGAAUAUUGCAUGUUUCCAAGGCCACAGGGACACUUAGACGGGUUCUGAAGUGUUUCCUGUCACUAAUGCAGAAAUGUUGUUAAUCUGUCACUGCAACUGUAAAAACACCCUUGAAAACCCGCGUCACUUCAACUAAAGCCUUAUAAAAGAAUGUUUCUCCUGUCAGUACUGCAGAAAUGUUGUUAAUGUGUCACUGCAGCUGUAAAAACACCCUUGAAAACCCGAGUCACUUCAACUAAAGCCUUUUAAAAGAAUGUUGCUCCUGUCAGUACUGCAGAAAUGUUGUUAAUGUGUCACUGCAACUGUAAAAACACCCUUGAAAACCCGAGUCACUUCAACUAAAACCUUUUAAAAGAAUGUUUCUCCUGUCAGUACUGCAGAAAUGUUGUUAAUCUGUCACUGCAACUGUAAAAACACCCUUGAAAACCUGCGUCACUUCAACUAAAGCCUUAUAAAAGAAUGUUUCUCCUGUCAGUAUUGCAGAAAUGUUGUUAAUCUGUCACUGCAACUGUAAAAACACCCUUGAAAACCCGAGUCACUUCAACUAAAGCCUUUUAAAAGAAUGUUUCUCCUGUCAGUACUGCAGAAAUGUUGUUAAUCUGUCACUGCAACUGUAAAAACACCCUUGGAAACCUACAUCACUUCAACUACAGCCUUUUAAAAGUGUUUCUCCUGUCAGUAAUGCAAAAAUGUUAAUAUGUCACUGCAACUGUAAAAACACUCUUGAAAACCCACGUCACUUUAACUAGAGCCUUUUAAAAUAAUGUUUCUCCUGUCAGUAAUGCAGAAAUGUUGUUAAUCUGUCACUGCAACUGUAAAAACUCCCUUGAAAACCUGCAUCAUUUCAGCUACAGCCUUUUAAGAGUGUUUCUCCUGUGAGUAAUGCAGAAAUGUUGAUCUGUCACUGUAACUGUAAAAACACCCUUGAAAACCCACAUCACUUCAACUCCAGCCUUUUAAAAGAAUGUUUCUCCUGUCGGUAAUGCAGAAAUGUUGCUAAUCUGUCACUACAACUGUAAAAACACCCUUGGAAACCCACUUGACUUGAACUAAACACACACACACACACAAACACACAGCACUAGUACUGCUGUUGCCACACAGAUCAGUGAGGGGCUGCUAGAACAAGUGGGGCAAGAGGUCAGUGCUGUGCUUCAUGAGGCAGACCAGCCACAGAUGAAUGCUUGACUCACCAUACUCAUCAUCAACCUGUGUCCUGUACUUUGUGUAUAAUAUCUUUGAGUCUUGAAUCUAAUACACUCCUCACUGUUCUCUUGUACAUGUUGAGCCUCACUACAUUCACGCAGGUCGGAACAAAAUUAAGUUUGUCCAUUUUGUGUGUCCAUUCUUUAUUGUGGCCAUUGUACAAGAUGCAGUGUGUGUGUGUGUGUGUGUGUGUGUGUGUGUGUGUGAGGGGGUCACUUAUUGGUGAGGGGCUGUGGGGAGUCACUGUGGGUUUGUAAACAUACUGUGGGGGGACAUACUGUGGCGCUGUGGCCUGAGGUGAGGAGAGAGAGAGAGAGAGAGAGAGAGAGAGAGAGAGAGAGAGAGAGAGAGAGAGAGAGAGAGGGGGGGGGGGGCAGCAUCAGUGAAACUAAGAUGUUGUUGAUUGUUGAUGAUGCAGGGGAGAGGUGUUGUUGUUAUUCAGUGUUCUUCAUUGCAUGAGAUGUUGUUGUUGUUGUUGUUGUUGUUAUUGAUUGGCAACCAAGCCUGGCUGGCGUGGGCCUUGUCAUGUGGCCCACAGGUAAUUCUUAGUGGUCAGUCUAUCGGUGAGUACAGCUGAGCGCUGCCUGAUUGCACGAGAGGUAUUGUUCAUAGUUGUUCAUUGUAGGUGAGGGAAGACACAGUAUGUUGAGGGAAGGCAGCAGCUGUGGAGGAGUGAACAGCUGCACCACUGACAGCAGCAGCAGCAGCAGAGCCCCACCACUGCUGAAUACUUCUACUACCACUACUAACUACUGCUGAUGUUUUUCUCCUUCUCCCAGCACAGCAGCAGACUCGGGUACUGUUACAGCUCUGCUCCCUCCUACAGGACACGUUCCCAUCACCUUCACGUCCUGGACACGUGCACAAACUUGUGCCUGGGCAGUCUCACUGCAGCAACUGCCAGUGCUGUGGCUGGGUGGCAGGAGGGAGGGACAAGCUGGCCACCCUCUCUGUCACCACCUGCUGGGGAAAGACCACCAUUAUCAUCACCUUUGUUUUCCUUUUUUUGUUUUCUUUCACAAUUUACAAGGAAUAUUAACAGUUUGUUUUGUUAGUGUUGUGUUUGUUAUUAAAUGAUGUGUUGUUGUUGUUUAUGUGUUAGUUGUUGUUGUGUUUUGUAUGUGUGACUGAUGAAUAAAGGCAGUCCACACUUA